AUGUUAAAAUUACCAGAAGUACUUCCUGAUUGUUUCUAUCAAAACCAACCAACCUUAAUCUCUCCAAGCAGCCCAACACCAAAGCAUUCUCUGUAUCUUUCCAAUCUUGAUGAUCAAAAGUUUCUAAGAUUCUCCAUUAAAUAUCUCUACCUUUUCAAGAAAUCUAUAAGCUCUGAUGUCUUGAAAUAUUCACUCUCCAAAGUUCUUGUGCAUUACUACCCUUUAGCUGGGAGGUUGAGAGCCAGCACGGGAGUUGAUCAGAAACUCGAAAUUGAUUGCAAUGGAGAAGGUGCUGUCUUUGCUGAAGCUUUCAUGGAUAUCACUGCUGAAGAGUUUCUUGAACUUUCUAAGAAACCAAACAGGUCCUGGAGAAAACUCAUGUAUAAAGUGGAAGCUCAGAGUUUCUUGGACAUUCCUCCUCUUGUAGUUCAGGUGACGAAUCUCAGGUGUGGAGGGAUGAUCAUGUGUACCGCGAUCAAUCACUGUGUGUGUGAUGGAAUUGGCACAUCACAGUUCUUGCAUGCAUGGGCCCAGAUGACAAUAAAGCCGGAUCUUGAUCUGCCAAUCGUACCGUUGCACACCCGCCACGUGUUGAAACCUCGAGAUCCCGCAGAAGUAGCCUUUCCUCACCCAGAAUAUGUCAGGAAUGCCCCUAGAGAAAAUGGCCACACAAACAUUGACAUUAACCAUUUUCUACAAUCUCAGCCGCUAGUGCCGACAUCAUUAACCUUCACCGCCUCCCAUAUACUUUCCCUCAAGAGGCAGUGCGUACCGUCGCUGAAGUGCACCGCCUUUGAAGCAUUGGCAUCUCACACAUGGCGUUCUUGGGUUAGGGCACUGGACUUAUCACUUUCACUCACUGUCAAGCUUCUUUUCUCUGUCAAUGUCAGGAAAAAGCUAAUCCCAGAAAUACCACAAGGGUAUUAUGGCAAUGGAUUUGUGUUAGGAUGUGCACAAACUUGUGUCAAGGAUUUGGUCACUAGUAACAUGUACCAUGGGGUCAAGUUGGUUCAACAAGCUAAAUCAAGUUUAACUGAUGAUUAUGUGAGGUCAAUGAUUGAUUUGUUGGAGGACAAAUCAGUGAAAACGGACCUCUCGAUGAGUUUGGUCAUAUCGCAAUGGUCUAGGUUAGGGUUGGAGGAUUUAGAUUUUGGAGAAGGGAAGCCAUUACAUAUGGGUCCUGUAACAAGUGAUAUUUACUGCUUGUUUUUACCUGUUGUUGGUGAUUUUGAAGCUGUGAGAGUGCAGGUAUCAGUGCCAGAGAGCGUGCAUGACAAGUUUGAGUAUUACAUGAAGGAUUGCUUGGGUAAGGAAGCAAAUGGGUAUCAUGUAGAAGAAAAUGGGUUCUGCUAA